AUAGACAGAGGAGGGGGAGCUGUGACAGGAAUGUAUCAGGAGAUUGCUGCUUUGUACCGAGCAGGAGGGAGCAGAGCUCCUCAUACAGCCGGAUACAGCUCUGCUCUGAAGGACGGGAAGGAGGCUCAGCAGAGUCCCGGGCACUACAUGAAUGCCUGGACACUGAUACCGGAGCCAUAGACUGUGGCGGCGUACAAAGACACAAGAGGUGAAGGGAGGUCUCUGCUGAGCUGGACUGACGGCAGGCAAGGCUGCUGAGUGCACCGGACUGCUCAGAGGAUCGGCAGCUCCAUCAGGGGUCUGUGUCACCAUCACCACCACCACCAUCACCAUCCUCCUCUUGUGGGAUGACAAAGACGAGUGUGAGUCCAUCACCAAGAUCCUGUGAUUGAGAUCCAUCUGCUGUUCCCCACCAAUAUGGUCACCUGGCUCUUACUUUGGUAAGCAGAUGAUUGGGGGGCCACAGUGGCCAUGACUUCCUCUGACAACGAACAGCUGAACAUUGCAGAUUGGCUCUCUGCCAUCCAUCUUGAGAGGUACCAGGACAGCUUUAGGCAGCAUGGGUACCAUAGAGUCAAAGAUAUUCUUUCCGUUGACAAUGACAUUCUUCAGAAAAUUGGUGUUGGAGCAACAGGCCAUAGAAAAAGAAUAAUGAGUCGAUUGCGACAUGUUUCUGGAGAAUCAAACUCAUUACCAACUUUAGGCAACAUGGAGAAGACCGAUUCCCUGGAAUACACCCACAUAUCUGAAAAAGAUGAUGCUAUUAGUAAUAAAAAUAACAUCAAUGAAAAAUUUGGUGAUUUAGAGUUGGCUGUCAAACCAGUACCGAAACCUAGGACAGUAUUUAAUAAAUACAAUGCAAAUGCUACAGCAGCAGCUAGCAUACAUGCCGUACAAUCACCUGUUCCUUUAGAUGGUUAUUCAAGUGUUGCUAGAAGGUCUUCUCUGCAGGAAACAGUUGUUCCAAGGGGAAACAGCUUAGAUACAGAGAACUGUAACUCACGUAUGGAGUCAAAGCCAGGAGGGGUGGAGCUGGAGGCUGGGAUUCCUAAGAAUACAUCCGCUGAGGCUGGGAAACCAUUGCAUCCCAUUCCUUCUCUGCCUAUGCGUCAGAACAAAGAAAGUCUACAGCCUGGAUCCUCUUACCAGCAACACAAGACUCAGAUGGAAGCGGAUACUAUGCAGCGUUCCCCGUUAUCGAGCCUGUCUUCCUUUUCUGGAAAUGAAGAGGAAGUCACCUCCUUUUCAACCAAUCCUUCUUCUCCACAGGAAACACUAACAAUGAUAUCCAAUGAAAUCUAUUCUGGGUUUGGUUCCAGGACUGGCUGUGUCAGCUGUGCCCCAGACUCUGAAGUCCCACAAAUACAUAGGAACCCUCUUGACAUGAUUAAUCAAGAAACAACAUCAACACAAGAACGAAAUUGCCCAGGUUCUUCAGAAGCAGAAUUGCCAGUGGUGCCGGAAAGACCCAUCUCUAGUUUAGUAACAGCUGAAACAUUAAACCCUUACUGUGAAACUGUCUUCAACCGAAUCUCUCAGACUCAGGAACUAAAGGAUGUCAAGAAUGGUAAAAUACGAACGUGUUCCACCAUGCCAAUGUUUACACCCGGGGAAGAGAGAAGUCAUCCCUGGAAUACGAGUGAUGCAUCAAAGGAGAAGAAGAGUGAGGUUGAAGAUGGAAAAACACAGCGAAUCACACAGAUUGUACAUAACGAGCAGGAAGGUUACUCCACCGUGGACUCUCCUGAGGAAAACAAAAGGUUCAGCCUCCCAUCCCACCUGUACACAGAUGAAAUAACAGAUGAUAUGACCAUUUCACCCUACGCUAGUUUCACUUCCAUGCAUGACAAGUCAAGACCAGUGCUAGUUGGAUGGCUUGAUAAACUGUCUCCACAAGGGAACUAUGUUUUCCAGAGAAGAUUUGUAAAGUUUGAUGGAAAUAAUCUAAUGUACUUCAGUAAUGACAAGGACAUAUAUUCUAAAGGUGUGAUUCCACUGACCUCCAUUGAAAUGGCUCGCUUAACGAAGGAAAAUAAAUUUGAAGUGGUCACUAAACACAGAAUUUUUGUCUUUCGAGCUGAGUGUGAAGCUCAAAGGAGUGAAUGGUGCUCAACGAUCCAGAACAAGGUGAAAGAACAACGCAUGUUUAAUCCUCGCUCACGCUCAAGUUGUCUUCUUUUCGGUCAGAAAUUUGGCUACCUGGAACUCAAAGGAUAUAAGUCAAAAAUAUAUGCCGUUCUCACUAUAGAUCAACUAUGGAUUCAUAAGAAUGAACAGUUUUUCAAAAUGGGCAACGGGAUGUUUAUAAUCGAUAUGAAUGGCUCUACUAUCCGAGAUGCAAGGAACAAGACCUUUGAGCUGAUCACACCACAUAAAAACUUCAGUUUCACUGCAGAGUCCGAGAGGGAGAAGAAAGAAUGGAUGGAAGCCCUGUUGGAGUGUAUAUCGGAGUCCCUGUCAGACUAUGAGGUUGCUGAGAAGAUCUGGUCCAACAAAGCCAACAAGUCAUGUGCAGACUGCCGAAUCUGCAACCCAGACUGGGCCUCCAUUAACCUGUGUGUAAUCAUAUGCAAGCAGUGUGCUGGUCAACACAGAAGCCUGGGAACCAACGUCUCUAAAGUGCAGAGUCUGAAACUAGACACAAGCAUCUGGAGCAAUGAAAUUGUACAGUUAUUUAUUAUCCUGGGUAAUGAUCGAGCAAACCGAUUCUGGGCUGCACGGCUGCCAUCAUCGGAAAUUCUCCAUCCAGAAGACGGUAUUGAACAAAGACGAGACUUUAUAGCACACAAGUACAGAGAUGGGAAAUAUAGAGGUCCACACCCCAACUACAGUACACAAGAGGAAAUCCUCAAGGUGCUUUCUGGUGCGGUUUCAGGACCAAACUUGCUAAAGACAGUCAUGCAGUUCUUCUCUGAUGCUGAGUGUUUAGCCGAGCCAUUUGAGAGCUCUACCCUUUCCUCCAACUCAGCAGACAACUGGAGAGCAAGCUCCUACAGCCUCAACACUGAAGGACUUUUUCCAGAUGACUUGAACCAAGGAAGAGUUUACGAUGAGAUCAUGCAACCCGUAGUGCAUUCUGGGUACUUAAACAAGGCCGCCAACUCGAGCAAAACAUUUACAGCCAAGAAAUCAAAAGAUGACUUUCACAAACACUGGUGUGUCCUGGAAAGGUCCCUUAUAUUUUAUGAGAAUGACCGAAGCUCGGAACAAGUUGGGAAGAUUCAUCCUUCAGAAGUGGUUUGCUUGGGAGUGAACAAACUGGACAUCCUGAACAGCCCAGCACCUGUGGAAAGGUUUCGGUACACAUUUGAAAUUGUGUUGGCUUGUGAAAAAGUGCACCAGUUUGGGACUGAUGCUGCUGAAACACUGCAAACAUGGACAAGUGCAAUUGGGAAGUGGUUCACCCCAAUCAGCUGCCACUGUCUGCUAGGAUAUGAGUUCCAGCGAGUGGGUAAGAUGCACUACAAAGCAAUGCUGAACCCAGAUCAGUGGAUGGAAGGCUUCUUUCUGUUACAGAAAAGUCACCUUUUUAUCUGUCCAGAAGAACAGGAUGGAGCAGAGGACAGCGUUAAUUUACGUCAGCUCCAGGAGCUCACUGUAUCACCAGCUGCAGAAAAUUCUGAAAAGAAAGAUAUAUUAAUCCUUGUAGAAAAAGGAAGGACCCUGUAUCUGCAGGGUAUCACACGAGCAGAUUUUUUGGCAUGGAGUUUGGAUAUCCAGGCAGCAGCAUGUAGUAGCGGCAACAUGUUACGUGACCAGCAACUUAGUAGGAAUGACAUUCCUAUCAUUGUAGACAGCUGCAUUGCUUUCCUUACUCAAUACGGUCUUCGUCACGAGGGAAUAUAUCGGAAAAAUGGAGCCAAAUCUCGUAUUAAACUGCUGAUGGACGAGUUCCGAAAAGAUGCCCGGAAUGUCAAACUUCGCAUCAGCGACAACUUUGUUGAAGAUGUCACGGAUGUGUUGAAGAGGUUUUUGAGGGAGCUGGAUGAUCCCAUUUUCACAACAGAACUCCAUCCACAAUGGAGAGAAGCUGCAGAACAUCAAGAAAAGUCCAAGAGGCUAGAAAAUUACAUGGAGCUGAUUAACCACCUUCCUAAAGUAAACCGAGCUACGCUGGCCGCACUGAUUGGUCACCUCUACCGGGUCCAGAAAUGUGCAGAUCUAAACCAGAUGUGCACCAAGAAUCUUUCACUUCUAUUUGCUCCAAGUUUGUUCCAAACAGAGGGGAAAGGAGAACAUGAAGUGAAGAUAAUGGAGGAUUUGAUUGACAAUUAUCCUAGUAUUUUCUCUAUUGAUGAAGAGCAGGUGACACAAAUGGAUUUGGAAAACAGCCUGAUCACCACCUGGAAGGAUGUACAGUUGUCACAAGCCGGAGAUCUCAUUAUUGAGGUUUAUUUGGAAAGGAAAGAACAAGACUGUUGUGUCACUUUAAAGGUCUCUCCUGUGAUGACUGCAGAAGAACUAACCAAUCAGGUUUUAGAUAUGAGGAAUAUUCCAGCCAGCACAGACAUCUGGUUGACCUUUGAAGUUUUCGAAAAUGGUGAACUGGAGAGACCAUUACAUCCCAAGGAGAGAGUCCUGGAGCAAGCCCUACAGUGGUGCAAGCUGGCGGAGCCUAGCUCUGCUUACCUACUUGUAAAGAAGAUAACAUUUGCUGAAGGAAUCUCUCUGUUCACAGGUACAAAGAGGGAAAGCCCAAAAUGUGGCUUGCUGAAAUGCAGAGAAGAAACCCCAAAGUUGCUGGCCUGCAAAUUUCAGGAGAGAUAUUUUGUUAUCAAGGAUCGAAAACUUCUUCUGCUUAAAGAAAAAAAGAGCGCCAAGCCUGAAAGAGAAUGGACUCUUGAAACUGCCAAGGUUUACAUGGGAAUUAGAAAGAAAGUGAAGCCACCAUCUCCGUGGGGCUUUACUAUACACUUGGAUAAACAGCAAUUGUGCCUGUGCUGCACAACUCAGGCAGAGAUGUGGGACUGGAUCACCAGCAUUCUUAAGGCACAGCAUGAUGACCUCCGCCCAGUGAUUUUAAGACGUCAUUCCUCCUCUGAUGUAACCAAGCAGAAAUUUGGUACUAUGCCUUUAGUACCGAUCCGUGGGGAUGACACCAACUCUACCAUGGUGACUGCUAAUCAGACACUGCGUCGUCUCCAUACAAGAAGAACUCUGUCAAUGUUCUUUCCUAUGAAGAUGCAUCAGGACUCUCUAGAAGAGCUUCAGGAAAAACAAGAUGAUGAACAUGAGCCUGUGUAUGAAGAAGUAGGAAAUUUUCACAGCCUACCACAGGCAGAACUAGACUGCAUACUAUCAACAGAACGACUCCAUCUGCCUCCCCCACUGGAUCGGACAAAAAAACCUGUACUAACCCCUAAUGCAGACCAAAUAAAGACAACUUUAUCUGCUCCAACUAAGUCCAUCUCCCCAGAAAGGUCUGACAGGGAGAAUUUUAACAAGACUCAGUCUCUAGACCGAAAUCUAUGUGUGGAAAGUUUUAAGACGUUCCCAAGUGAAAGCAAUAAAACAGUCGUGGCAGACAGAGGUGCCGGUCCUAGCAUCACAAAAUCAAAUUCUCUUGAAAGGCAGGUGGAGCCCAACCGAACUCCGCUAGGUACUACAAGAACACAAGGUGGGAAAAGCACACUUGAUUUAAGUACAUUACCACUGUUUUUUGAGCCAACAGCCCCCUCAGACUCAUCAAAGGUUCCUGCGUGGAAGAAGACCUCUCCUUUUACCAUGAAUAUGCAAGAUAAGCUGGUACAGGAACUCAACACCAUGCUUAGUAAGAAAAAUGAAACUGGGUCAGGAGCAGGCCAGCAAGUGACGUGACCUAGAACAUCCCCAUCCCAUGAAUUAUCUUCAUUCUUGAACUUCAGCAUGGCACUCUGUUGUAUAUUGAUUUAAAUACAGAACAAACAAUGAUAACUGUAACCAUGAGCUAACAUGGCACUAUGAAAUCAUUGGCUUUUUGCUUCGAUUGAUAUGUAUGUAAUCUAAAUAUACUUUGUACAAAGUUAUUCAUGAUCAUCUUUAGAUCAGCAACAUAAUUCAGUAUAUUGCUUACUCAACAUUAUUGUAUAAAGUUUAUGAUGUUUUAAAACUAUUUAAUUUUUGUGACUAUUAAGUUAUAUAUUUUAUUAAGAAUUUAUGGAUAUGGAAUUUGGAAUUGUUUUCCCAACCUAUUGUUGUAUAGGCUUGUUGGAACUGUAGCAGGACAUGAAUUUGAUGUUGGAGUACACAUAAAUAUCAUUCAUGGCUUACAGUAUUUAAUGGCUCUCCAAAUUCAUACAUCUAUGUUUGACAUUAAGGUGUCUAUUUAUAAGUGUUUUCAACCAGGCUUUAAACAAAUUGCACCCAUCUUUCGCAUCCGAUUUAAUUGAGUACAUUUUGGGUCAAAGCAUUGAUAACUGGACCUAGUAAGUAAUUUCUAGUAAGGAAGUAAUUUUCACCAAAACCGUUGAUGCAAGUGCUGGCUAAAGUAAGAGGUUUGGAGUAAGUCCACAUGCAAUGAAAUAUGUUUAUGACGGAAUUGUUUUAAUUAAAACAUUUAAAUAUGC